UGGACAGGAUUUGAAAUAAUAAAAACAUCUGUAUUGGGGUAACUAUUAGCUAAAAACGAAUUCCUUCACGCGGCAAAAAGGAGGCGCGAGACGUGACGGUGACGUACGCCCCGCCUUUGCGUCCGUUUCCAAUGGCAACCACUCCUUUAAACAAGCAUGGAAGCCCUCACAAAUAUCGAAAUGGAAGCAAUUGUGAAACUUGAGAGGGAUGCUGGUGUGCGGAGGCUCAGCAGUCACUUCCUGUGGUCCGAGUUUGGCGACGAGAGGCAAAACUUUCAUCAGGAGUUUGUUUACGAUGCCACCAUGUUGGCCGUGAACUCUGGCUUCACCUCUGCUAAUGUGAUCCAGUGUGCCGCGUUCGCCAGAGACAUCUACCCACAGCUGGAGGACCUCGACUUGAACCAGUUCCUGACCCUCCUGAGGGGUGCGCUGACGGGGCGUUUACGGACCCUGACACCGGUCCAGCAGCACAAAUUCGUCCAGUACUUUACAGACCUCUGGGUGGAGAAGAGGAAGCUUUUUAAGGCGGUCGUAGGCGGGGCCACAACUCAGACGGUACGUCGGCUUCACCUGGAGGUGGAGCUGCCGCCUGAGCUUUGCCCUUUGGCACAGGGCAGGGAGCUCCAAACGGAGACGGAGCUACAACUGCUGGAGAAGGAGGAGGAGCUUAAGAGUCUUCAAGAGCAGCAGGACAAAAAAGCAGCUCAAAAAUGAAAAUAUUUUAUUAUUAUUGUCUUUUUUAGCAGACUGUAUGAUGAUAGUUAUAUAACAGGUAUUGUCUUCUGCUCUGGAUUACAUGAACAGACUCCUACGCUCCAUCAGCCGAUUGAUGGAUUAUGAAACAUCCUGUUGAAAAAAUAAAAAACAAUCUUUGUCAAA